AUGAGUCAAAAGCAAGAGGAAUUUUUCAAACCAGUAGGUGAAGCUGCUGAAGAACUUUCAAAUGAAAAGUUAGACAACAACAACAAUAAUGCUACCACAACAACAACUACUAAAGAUACCAAUAAUGUCGAUACUAACAACGACAUUGGUUUAAAGAAAACUGGUGCAGAAGAUGCUAUGGGUCAUCCAGUCCAGGAGAUUGAAUCUCUUUGUAUGAAUUGCCACGAAAAUGGGACUACUCGUCUUUUAUUGACUUCAAUCCCAUAUUUCCGAGAAGUGGUCAUCAUGUCCUUUGAAUGCCCACAUUGUGGAUUUAAAAACUCUGAGAUUCAACCAGCUUCCACUAUCCAAGAGUUAGGAUCCAAAUACCAAUUGAAGGUAGAACAAAAAGAAGAUUUCAAUAGACAAGUCAUCAAAUCUGAGACAGCAACUUGUAAGUUUGUUGAAUUAGAUAUUGAAAUUCCUCCUAAGCGUGGUGUCUUGACCACCGUAGAAGGUUUAUUAACUGAAAUGAUUGAUGAUUUAUCUGCUGAUCAAGAAGAAAGGUUAAAAGUCGAUAAGAAUCUACACGAUCAAAUUGAGGCAGUUAUUAACAAAGUCAAAAGCUACAUUCAAUGUGAGCCAAACACACUACCACUCACUUUCAUCCUUGAUGAUCCUGCUGGUAAUUCAUGGAUCGAAUAUAAACCAGGUGAACCACAACACAAAUGGUCGCAUAGAGAGUAUGCACGUUCAGAUGAACAAAAUGUUCUUGUUGGGAUCUUAACUAGAGAUCAACUGGAACAACGUCGUCAAGAAAAAUUAAAAGCAUUAUCCAACCGUGGAAGAAACACUUCAGAAGCUGCAAAGGUCGAAACCACUGUUCAUGGUUUCUUAUCAGAUUCUACUGAUAUUGAAAAUUUUAACAAUGAAGUUCAAACUUUCACAGCUAGUUGUCCAUCUUGUGGUAGCUCUUGUGAUACUCAUAUGAAACCUGUUGAUAUCCCACAUUUCAAAGAAGUUAUUAUUAUGUCCACCGUCUGUGAUCACUGUGGCUAUAAAUCCAAUGAAGUAAAAACUGGUGGCGCCAUCCCAGAGAAAGGUAGAAGGAUCACAUUAUAUUGUGAUGAUCCAAGUGAUCUAUCUCGUGAUAUUUUGAAAUCUGAAACAUGUUUAUUAAAAGUCCCUGAAUUGCAUUUGGAUAUUCAAGAAGGUACUCUAGGUGGUAGAUUCACCACUUUAGAAGGGUUGUUGAAACAAGUUUAUGAUGAACUAGAGUCUCGUGUUUUUACUCAAACUUCUGAUUCUAUGGAUGAAGCAACGAAAGCAAACUGGCUCAAAUUCUUUGAUGACUUGAAAGAGGCUUUAGCAGGCAAACGUAAAUUUACCGUAAUAAUGGAAGAUCCAUUGGCUGGCUCUUAUAUACAAAAUGUUUAUGCACCAGAUGAAGACCCUAAUAUGAAGAUUGAAGAUUAUGAAAGAACUCCAGAACAAAACGAAGACUUAGGUUUAACUCAAAUGAAAGUAGACUAA